ACGCACGCCUUAUUUCAUGGACAUUGACAGUUGACUUGCCCCUCCACUGAAAUGGCUGCUUGGAGUUCAACAACUCCGCUCUGCUUCAGACCUCCCUCCCGGUCCGCAUUUCCAUACCGGAGCUCUUGUUCCUCCCGCUUCUUCCUCCCUCCUUCGACCAAGAGAACCCUAAUUCUCUCCCCAAACCCGAGACCUCCCAAGACCGCAAUGGCUCUCUCAGGUCCGGGCUUAGGGUUUCAGCAAGCGCUCAAUCUGUUCCAGUCCUCCCCUCCCUCCUGGCCAUCCUCUCUCUUCUGCAACCUCAUCAUUUUCGCCCUCGGCUCUCCCAUUCUCGUCUCUGGCCUCUCUCUCUCCGGCAUUGCCGCCGCCUUCGUUCUCGGUACUCUCACCUGGCGCGCCUUUGGCCCCUCGGGUUUUCUCCUCGUCGCUGCCUAUUUCGUCAUUGGCACUGCAGCUACGAAGAUUAAGAUGGCACAAAAGGAGGCUCAAGGGAUUGCUGAGAAGAGGAAAGGAAGAAGAGGACCAGGUAGUGUAAUUGGUUCAAGUGCUGCUGGUUGUGUUUGUGCUUUUCUUUCAAUAUAUGGCGUAGGAGGCAAAGCAUUUUCUCAGCUUUGGCAACUGGGGUUUGUUGCCAGUUUUUGUACUAAGUUAAGUGAUACCAUCUCAAGUGAGAUAGGGAAGGCAUAUGGCAAAACAACGUAUUUAGUUACAACGUUCAAGGUUGUUCCAAGGGGAACAGAAGGGGCUGUGAGCAUUGAGGGAACCUUUGCUGGAUUUUUUGCUUCAGUUCUUCUUGCAUCAAUUGGUUAUCUCGCUGGUGAGAUUGAUGCAGCUGGAGCCAUUAUAUGUGUCAUGGCUUCACAGAUAGCAAAUGUUGGUGAGAGCAUAAUAGGUGCUGCACUACAAGAAAAGGAAGGAUUUCAAUGGCUCAACAACGAUACUGUCAACAUCAUCAACAUAUCCAUGGGCAGCAUCAUAGCAGUCUUUAUACAACAGAUCAUACUAAGAAAUUGGCAUAUGUAAAUUCAAUUUCACCCACAUGUGGGUUCUUCUGGGAGCACAUUUUAUCUCAAGUCCCUGCUCUGCUCUGCUGCGUUCACCCUCUCAGCUAGCUCAAGCGGUAAUGAAGCAGAGGAGGUCAUUUUUUUUUUUUUUCCAGACAAAUAUCAUACUUCAUUACAUAUGAAGACUGAUCUCCUGUAAUCUGGUAACGGAUUCUUUGACGAAGGGCUGUGUAGAAGAUUGCAAAAUCAUUCUCGCUGUUUGUAAAAGAUUACUGUGUACCUCAAAUAUAUCAUUUGCAAUGAAAAAUCACGUCUUCAGCC